CGGGCUGUGGGCUGCGGGCUGCGCCCCCGCUGCCGGCCAGCCCUGCACGGCUGCGGGCUCCGCGGCGCCCGGUGCUCUGCAACGCUGCGGCGGGCGGCAUGGGAUAACGCGGCCAUGGUGCGCCGAGAUCGCCUCCGCAGGAUGAGGGAGUGGUGGGUCCAGGUGGGGCUGCUGGCCGUGCCCCUGCUUGCUGCGUACCUGCACAUCCCAGCCCCUCAGCUCUCCCCUGCCCUUCACUCAUGGAACUCUUCAGGCAAGUUUUUCACUUACAAGGGACUGCGUAUCUUCUACCAAGACUCUGUGGGAGUGGUUGGAAGUCCAGAGAUAGUUGUGCUUUUACUCUGUUUUCCAACAUCCAGCUACGAUUGGUACAAGAUUUGGGAAGGUCUGACCUUGAGGUUUCAUCGGGUGAUUGCCCUCGACUUCUUAGGCUUUGGCUUCAGUGACAAACCGAGACCACAUCACUAUUCCAUAUUUGAGCAGGCCAGCAUCGUGGAAGCGCUUUUGCGGCAUCUGGGGCUCCAGAAUCGCAGGAUCAACCUUCUUUCUCAUGACUAUGGAGAUAUUGUUGCGCAUGAGCUUCUCUACAGGUACAAGCAGAAUCGAUCUGGUCGGCUUACCAUAAAGAGUCUCUGUCUGUCAAAUGGAGGUAUCUUUCCUGAGACUCACCGUCCACUCCUUCUCCAAAAGCUACUCAAAGAUGGAGGUGUGCUGUCACCUAUCCUCACACAACUAAUGAACUUCUUUGUAUUCUCUCGAGGUCUCACCCCAGUCUUUGGGCCGUAUACUCGGCCCUCUGAGAGUGAGCUGUGGGACAUGUGGGCAGGGAUCCGCAACAAUAACGGGAACUUAGUCACUGACAGUCUCUUACAGUACAUCAAUCAGAGGAAGAAGUUCAGAAGGCGCUGGGUGGGAGCUCUUGCCUCUGUAACUAUCCCCAUUCAUUUUAUCUAUGGGCCAUUGGAUCCUGUAAAUCCCUAUCCAGAGUUUUUGGAGCUGUACAGGAAAACGCUGCCGCGGUCCACAGUGUCAAUUCUGGAUGACCACAUUAGCCACUAUCCACAGCUAGAGGAUCCCAUGGGCUUCUUGAAUGCAUAUAUGGGCUUCAUCAACUCCUUCUAAGCUGGAAAGAGUAGCUUCCCUGUAUUACCUCCCCUACUCCCUUAUCUGUUGCGUAUUCCACUUAGGAAGAAAUGCCCAAAAGAGGUCCUGGCCAUCAAACAUUAUUCUCUCACAAAGUCCACUUUACUCAAAUUGGUGAACAGUGUAUAGGAAGAAGCCAGCAGGAGCUCUGACUAAGGCUGACAUAAUAGUCCACCUCCCAUUACUUUGACAUCUGAUCAAAUGUAUAGACUUGGCUUUGUUUUUGUGCUAUUAGGAAAUUCUGAUGAGCAUUACUAUUCACUGAUGCAGAAAGACGUUCUUUUGCAAAAAGACUUUUUUAACACUUUGGACUUCUCUGAAAUAUUUAGAAGUGCUAAUUUCUGGCCCACCCCCAACAGGAAUUCUAUAGUAAGGAGGAGAAGGGGGCC